GUCCGAGGGUAAACAGCUGUUAAAGCAACUGCUGUAGCAAAAUAGUGAUGUUUAUUUUUAAUAAUAUUAGAGAUUUUUCAUUUUUGAUUUACAAAAACGAUUAUGGAUGAGUUUUAGCGAUUAUGGAUGAGUCUUCCCAGUCCUAAGAGCCUCGGUUUUCUACUUCCUGUGGAUUUUGUAGUUGUUUAAAGACUGAAUUGUUCCUUUUUCGGUAUGGUUUUGGUUCCUUGCGAAAGCUUGACGUUUCAGAUACAGUAAUCACGACGCAUUGCAGACAGCUGAUUAUGAACUUUGAAGCCAUAGAAAAACUAUACUAGUCUCCUGCACAAUAAUGGAUUUCCCACAUGAUAUCUGGUCACAGCACCGAAGUCCCUAUGGACCCUUCGGGAUUCGAAACAGUGUUGCUGUUUCUUUCGAACGACAGCUGGGCUUAUUAAGCCAUGAACAAGUGCGAAUUCGUCAACAGUUCACGGAUGAUUUGGUUGCACGACUGGGACUCUCGGGCGAGCUGCGAGGACACGAAGGUUGCGUUAACUGUCUCGAAUGGAGUCAGGACGGCAGCCUGCUGGCCAGCGGCAGCGAUGACUGUAAAAUUCGCAUAUGGAAACCGUUUCUACCUCACCCCAGACGGUCCGCGCAUGUUAUCAACAGUGGGCAUCUGGGGAAUAUUUUUGGGGUGAAAUUUCUUCCGGAUGGAUCGGACAGAAUGGUUCUCUCAUGUGCUGCGGAUAUGACUGUCCGUGUGCACGACAUGAACUUUGAAGAAGUCCUGCAUGUGUUUUCUUGCCAUGUCAGUCGGGUCAAGAGGUUGGCUACAUCGCUGGACAGUCCUUCGGUAUUCUGGAGUGCGGGGGAGGAUGGUCUGGUUCUGCAGUAUGAUCUGCGCGAGCCGCGACGCUGUGAUCAGCAUUCAUGCCGUGAUGUUCUGAUUAAUCUCAAUGCCUACACACAGGCACCGGAAAUCAAGAGCAUUGCCAGUAAUCCUGUGCGUAUGGAAUAUUUGGCUGUUGGGGCUACGGAUUGUUAUACGAGAGUUUAUGAUCGACGAAUGCUGACGCUACAGUCCAUAAAGUAUCCCAUGAUACAAGAAGAAUAUCCCCGCCGCCACUCGUGGUUAAUGAAUCAGCCGUACGAUGACAGCCAUCGCGUGCUCCCGCCAGGCUGUGUGCGUUAUUUCACUCCAGGCCAUUUGCCUGAUCGGCAGGCACGUCUGAAAACGCAGUGGCGCAGUUUUGCUAUAACGGAUGUGCGAUUUAGUGCCAAUGGUCAAGACAUUUUGUCCAACAUUGGUGGUGAACAGAUUUAUCUGUUUAACCUGAACUCUCAUGAUAAAGUCGCCAAAGUCUUCAGUACGGAUACCUUACCGGAAGUAUCUAGACGGAAUGUGACGACAAUGAAUGCUGUUGCGGAACGGCUGAAGAACGAAGCAAAUGAUUGUUAUCAUCGGAAGGAUUACAACCAUGCCGUGGAAACGUAUCAUCGAGCACUGCAGUAUUGCGCGACGUCCAGUGUGCUGUACGCCAAUCGCGCGGUAGCUUUAUUAAAGCGGAAAUGGGACGGAGAUUGUUAUCAAGCACUUUUGGAUUCUUACAAGGCGUUUUUACUGGAUCCGAAAAAUGAUAAGGCGGUUUUCCGGUUGAUAAAUAGCUUGCACGGUAUUGGACGCUCUAAAGAGGCGCAGAAAUGGUUGGAAUUUUUUCGAAUGCAGCAUGCAAGCGAUGAGAGGAACCUUCUGACAACAGAAUCUUUUGUUAAUCUUGAACGUGAUAUUGCUGCGGCUGUGAAUACUCCACAUAAAAACGGGACUACAAAAGCGGGUGGUAAAAACUCUGCAGGACUGGGUAAACAGGAAACCGCAUGGAGAACUGCGGCUGUGGAUUAUGAAAGGCGUUUUGUGGGCCAUUGUAAUACGACAACGGACAUUAAGGAAGCUAAUUUUCUUGGCCAGAGCUCCCAGUUUAUUAUGGCCGGUUCCGACGAUGGGUCUUUCUACAUAUGGGAUCGUGAUUCAACAAAUUUGUUGAAAAUUCUCAAGGGUGAUACGAAUAUUGUCAAUUGCCUGCAGCCUCACCCUUUUGCCAGUUUAAUUGCCACCAGCGGCAUUGACAGCGAAAUCCGAUUAUGGAGCUCCUUAGCCGUGGACGACGAACAUUCCAGGCACAGCGAGCGGACGGAUCAUAACAUCGCAGUCGAGGAACCGAAUUUUGUUGGGAUGCAGGUUGAAGAUGUAAAUAGGGCUACGAAUGCGAAUCAGCGCAGGAUGAAUGCCGACCCAUGGAGUAUGCUGUUGUCGCCGUUUAUUCACGGGAAUCAGAACGAAGGUCAUGCUGGAAUAGUCCAUGCGGGUGACUGCGUGCAACAAUAGUUAAUUAGAACAGCAGGAAGUGAAAUGCGUUUUUUGCGGCAUUUUUGGGCUUUAAUGCCGGUAUAUGCUAUAACCGGAAGAAUGCUCGCGCUGUGAAUACGGAAAAUGGGGAUCAUUAAAGGUAGAAGAUGUGUGUGAUUAAAGGGCUCUAUUUUGGCAUGG